CAGAGUCCACAUUGGAUCACAUGGUGCCUUGGAGAUAGUAAAAUUGCAAGUGGAAUGGCAUCCUGCAAGAACACUUGCUCUUGCUUUCCACUGUCAAAUGUCGCUGCGGUGCUAGCAAUAGCGGUGCUAGUCUUGGCGGCGCCGGCGGCGGCCGCCGUCCCCGACGCGUCCGAGUCCGUGCAUCUCGAGGCGUUGCUGGCGUUCAAGGAGGCCGUCACCGCCGACCCGAACGGCACGCUGUCCAGCUGGACGGUGGGGACAGGCAAUGGCCGCGGCGGUGGCGGUGGCUUCCCGCCGCACUGCAAUUGGACCGGCGUGGCCUGCGACGGCGCCGGCCACGUCACGUCCAUCGAGCUCGCAGAGACUGGGCUCCGGGGCACGCUCACGCCGUUCUUGGGCAACAUCACGACGCUCCGGAUGCUCGACCUCACGUCGAACCGCUUCGGCGGCGCCAUCCCGCCGCAGCUCGGGCGCCUUGACGAGCUCAAGGGACUCGGCCUCGGCGACAACAGCUUCACCGGCGCCAUCCCUCCGGAGCUCGGUGAACUCGGGAGCCUACAGGUGCUGGACCUCAGCAACAACACGCUCGGCGGUGGCAUCCCAAGCCGCCUCUGCAACUGCUCGGCGAUGACACAGUUCAGCGUCUUCAACAACGACCUCACCGGCGCAGUCCCAGACUGCAUUGGUGAUCUGGUCAAUCUGAACGAGUUGAUACUCUCCCUCAACAACCUUGACGGCGAGCUGCCGCCGUCCUUCGCGAAGCUCACGCAGCUGGAGACCUUGGACCUCAGCAGCAACCAGCUCUCCGGCCCGAUCCCUUCGUGGAUUGGCAACUUCUCGAGUCUCAAUAUUGUCCACAUGUUUGAGAACCAGUUCUCCGGCGCCAUCCCGCCGGAGCUUGGCCGGUGCAAGAACCUGACCACGCUCAACAUGUACAGCAACCGCCUCACUGGUGCGAUUCCAAGCGAGCUCGGGGAACUCACCAACCUCAAGGUGCUGCUCUUAUACAGCAACGCGCUCUCGUCGGAGAUUCCCCGCUCGCUUGGGCGAUGCACGUCGCUGCUUUCGCUCGUGCUGUCCAAGAACCAGUUCACUGGGACCAUCCCGACCGAGCUUGGCAAGCUACGGUCGCUUCGGAAACUGAUGCUCCACGCCAACAAGCUCACCGGAACGGUGCCGGCAUCGCUGAUGGAUCUCGUCAACCUGACAUACCUGAGUUUCAGUGACAAUUCCCUCUCGGGCCCUCUUCCGGCGAAUAUUGGAUCACUUCAGAAUCUUCAAGUGCUAAAUAUUGACACCAACUCGCUCUCUGGCCCAAUUCCGGCGAGCAUUACCAACUGCACUUCGCUGUAUAACGCGAGCAUGGCGUUCAACGAGUUCUCCGGGCCUUUGCCUGCCGGCCUUGGCCAACUACAGAACCUCAACUUCUUGUCCUUGGGGGACAACAAGCUGUCCGGUGACAUACCGGAAGACCUUUUCGACUGCAGCAACCUCAGGACGCUAGACCUGGCUUGGAACAGCUUCACCGGCAGCCUGAGCCCUCGCGUCGGCAGGCUUAGCGAGCUCAUCUUGCUGCAGUUGCAGUUUAAUGCUCUAUCCGGGGAGAUACCGGAGGAGAUCGGCAACCUGACGAAGCUCAUCACCCUGCCGCUCGAGGGAAACCGCUUUGCCGGGCGCGUCCCGAAGAGCAUCUCCAACAUGUCGUCCCUGCAGGGGCUCAGGCUGCAGCACAACAGCCUAGAAGGCACGCUGCCCGACGAGAUCUUUGGGCUCCGGCAGCUCACUAUCCUCAGCGUCGCGUCGAACAGGUUCGUAGGCCCGAUCCCCGACGCCGUGUCCAACCUCCGGUCUCUCUCCUUCCUCGACAUGUCGAACAAUGCGCUGAACGGCACGGUCCCUGCGGCGGUGGGAAACCUCGGCCAACUCCUCAUGCUGGACCUGUCCCACAACCGCCUCGCCGGCGCCAUCCCCGGCGCGGUGAUCGCGAAAUUAAGCACCCUGCAGAUGUACCUCAACCUGUCGAACAACAUGUUCACGGGCCCGAUACCGGCCGAGAUCGGCGGCCUCGCGAUGGUCCAGUCCAUCGAUCUGUCCAACAACCGGUUAUCCGGUGGUUUCCCGGCGACGCUAGCCAGGUGCAAGAACCUCUACUCGCUCGACCUCUCCGCCAACAACCUCACCGUUGCCCUGCCUGCCGACCUCUUCCCUCAGCUCGACGUCCUCACAAGCCUGAACAUCUCCGGCAACGAGCUAGACGGCGACAUCCCUUCAAACAUCGGUGCACUGAAAAACAUACAGACGCUGGACGCGUCACGGAACGCGUUCACCGGGGCCAUACCGGCGGCGCUGGCGAACCUGACCAGUCUGAGGUCUCUGAACCUCUCCUCGAACCAACUCGAGGGUCCCGUGCCGGACUCCGGCGUGUUCUCCAACCUGAGCAUGUCGAGCCUGCAGGGCAAUGCUGGCCUCUGCGGCGGGAAGCUUCUCGCUCCCUGCCACCACGCCGGAAAGAAGGGGUUCUCGAGGACAGGGCUCGUGGUCCUAGUGGUGCUGCUGGUGCUGGCGGUGCUGUUGCUAUUGCUGCUUGUGACGAUUCUCUUUCUUGGCUACCGGAGGUACAAGAAGAAGGGAGGCUCUACCCGUGCAACCGGUUUCUCGGAGGACUUCGUCGUGCCGGAGCUGAGGAAGUUCACUUACAGCGAGCUGGAGGCUGCCACCGGCUCGUUCGACGAAGGCAACGUCAUCGGUAGCAGCAACCUGAGCACGGUCUACAAGGGCGUCCUCGUCGAGCCCGACGGGAAGGUGGUCGCCGUGAAGCGCCUCAACCUGGCGCAGUUCCCGGCCAAGUCCGACAAGUGCUUCCUCACCGAGCUCGCGACUCUGAGCCGCCUGAGGCACAAGAACCUGGUGCGCGUGGUCGGGUACGCGUGCGAGCCCGGCAAGAUCAAGGCUCUGGUCCUGGAUUUCAUGGACAACGGCGACCUCGACGGCGAGAUACACGGCACGGGGAGGGACGCGCAGCGGUGGACGGUCCCGGAGCGGCUGCGCGCGUGCGUCUCGGUGGCGCACGGGGUGGUGUACCUGCACACCGGGUACGACUUCCCCGUCGUGCACUGCGACGUCAAGCCGUCGAACGUUCUCCUGGACAGCGACUGGGAGGCACGCGUCAGCGACUUCGGCACGGCGAGGAUGCUGGGCGUCCAUCUGACGGACGCCGCCGCGCAGUCGGCGACGUCGUCGGCGUUCCGGGGCACCGUCGGGUACAUGGCGCCAGAAUUUGCGUACAUGAGGACGGUGUCGCCGAAGGCAGACGUGUUCAGCUUCGGCGUCCUGAUGAUGGAGCUCUUCACCAAGCGACGCCCGACCGGGACGAUCGAGGAGAAUGGCGUGCCACUGACACUGCAGCAGUACGUGGACAACGCGAUCUCCAGGGGCCUCGACGGGGUGCUCGACGUCCUGGACCCGGACAUGAAGGUGGUCACCGAGGGCGAACUGUCCACGGCGGUGGACGUGCUGAGCUUGGCCCUGUCGUGCGCCGCGUUCGAGCCGGCGGACCGGCCUGACAUGGACAGCGUGCUUUCAACCUUGCUGAAGAUGAGCAAGGUGUGUGGAGGAGAUUAGAUGCCUGCUGCAAAACACGAACUGAAAUUCGUGCAGCAGCAUCUAAUCAAGCAAAUAGGGAGAAACCCUGCCGCACGGACGGGACGCCAAAAUGUCACAGAUUUGGCUGCUCAUGUUUGCACGUGUAAUGCUAAUCUGUUCAGUGUCAGCAUAGAGCUAGAUUCCAGCCUACAAUAAUAUAGGGACUUUUAUGUGCCCUAUGAAUGGUUCACUGAGAUCAGUCUCGCCCAUGCUGCCUGACGGUAUGGGCAUGAAGUGGUAGCAGAAGUCCUGCUUUUGACUCUUCAUUUUCAGUGCCGCAACAUACUACCUGCAGACGCAGAAGAAUGGAAGCUGAAAGAUUCGGCCAAGUUGUGGUGGCAGGAUAUAUUAUUCA